AAGGGCCCAGCACUGUGUGUGUAUAAUGACGCUGUUUUCACCGAGAACGACUGGGAAGGUAUACAGAUGAUAUAUAGCAGCGUGAAGGAAGAAGAUCCGCUCAAAGUUGGAAGGUUUGGACUCGGAUUCAAGUCGGUUUUCCACAUAACAGACUUCCCUUGCGUCAUCAGUGGCGACAGAGUUCUCUUGAUUGAUCCUCAACAGUCUACAGAGAAGGUAAAUGCUACCCUUGAUCUUUGUGCUCUAGAAGAUUAUAGUGAAGAAGGGCUAGAUGCGGAAGCGUUUUGGAAUGCCUUAGAGAACACGUUUGGCCUUUGUAAAAGUACGUUGGGAGAAGAUGGUUUUCAAGGAACUCUGUUUUGGUUCCCGCUUCAUGAAAAGACUUCCGAACUAUCAGAAACACUGUAUAAUGCGACAAAGGUAAACAAUUUAUUUGACUCCUUUAAACUUGAAGCUUCAAAUAUUUUGAUUUUUCUGAAGAACGUCGAACAAAUAUCAUUGCAUUUCCGAGACACUGAGACACCAAUAAAAGAAACACUUAAAACCGAAAUUGAAGACCGGGAUGGUACAGUAAGACAAACCCGGAUUGCGUUUAAAGAACAUAUAGAGGACGUGAAUUCAACCUCUGAAAGCGCUGAUGCUCAUUCAACUUUGCAAAUGGUUAUACACACGUCAUCUGAAGACACAGUUAAAAGUCAAGAAUGGCUGGUUGUUAACUACUUUAUUCGAGAAAGUGCAUCGGAAGGCUUCAGACAUCUAAUACAAGACAGAAACCUAGGAUACAGCCCUUACGUUGGGGUGGCGGCACCGCUGCAUGGAAUGUCAGAAGGCUUUGAGGGACAUGUGUUUUGUUUCCUGCCGUUGCCGAGAGAAGGGGAAAGGUUGACAGGGUUACCAGUGCACGUGAAUGGAUUCUUCGCGCUUAGCCAGAAUAGACACCAUAUGAAGUGGGAGACCGAAGAACAGGAAGGAAAGCAAAUAGAUGACAAGUCUAUUUUGUGGAACAAAGCUUUAAUUGAGGAAGCUCUUCCGAAAGCAUAUGAAAUGUUAGUAUUAGAAGCUAUCAAAAUUGCAGAGAAGAAUUUAAACGAAGAAGCUUUUGUAUCAGCCGUAUACAACACGAUGCCUGUAUGCCAAAACUCGACAAGAAAAACACACACAAGGUGGAUGAUGCUCGAAAAUAAACUUUAUGAAAAGCUCGAAAAGAGAAAUAUAGUUUAUGCGGCGCAGACAAGCGAAUGGAUUGUAUUAAACAAUGCAGUCUUUUCAACGUUUAGGACAUUGCCCGGGAAUGAAAUUGAUACUACAAUGCAGGAGGCCAUCACUAAAUGCUUAUAUAAAAUUGGCCUUAAAUACACCAAAGUGCCAAACUCAUUGUUUGACACAAUGCAGAUGCAUUUUCCAUACAUGAAGGACCUAACUCCGUCAUCCUUAGUGGUUCAUUUACAGGAACGAAGCCAGUACAGAGAAAUAACCUGUGAAGACAAAGUACAAAUUUUAGCCUAUUUGCUACUAGGGGAAGGCAAUUCAAUGAAUAUUAGAAACCUAGAGCUUUUACCUUUGGCCUCUAACCGUUGGACUGUAUUCAAUAAAACAAGUGAUCCCGUUUACCUGUGUACAGAUGAAGCUGUGAAGAUGUUUCCUGGCUUGGAGGACAAACUUGUAAUGGAAUCAAGAAAGCUUGGAG